AAUGAGGGAAGAGGAGGGUCAAAGCUGUUUGAAACUAAAAGAAAAAACUGCGAAAUAGCCGGUGAAAAUAACAGUCAUUCAUCUUUCCAUUUCCUUUCAACCCCGUUUUCUUAGUUCCCGAUUAUGACGACCGAGUAUCAUGGGUUUCCCGCAAAUAUCCUCUCCCUCUUAACCGCCUCACAUUACCAUCAACAGAAAAUCAAACCUUCGAAAAAGUUUCCCUAAAAGGGAAAAUCUGUGAAGAAGAAAAACAAGUUGGAAGUUCGAUCCCUAUUUACCACUUACAAUUUCCCUCUUCACUUUUCUCUCUUUGCCGACACUUCCUUCUCUGUUUUUGUUGUCUUCCUCUUUGAUCCCAUGUCAUCAAGCGAAUACCCUUUUCUUUCCAUAAUCGAAUUAUCGUCACCCUCACCAUUAAACAAAUCAAGUAGUUGGUGUUAGGUCACGGUGCUUGGCGGCAUUUUUCCAUUUUAAAGUCUGAGCUUUCAGAGGACCAAUUUGCCAAAAAUUCUCAGGGCUUGAAAUGGGUCGAUUUGGUUCUGGAAGUGGGAGGAUUUCUCCAAGUUCGUGCACCUCCUGUAAAUUGGUGCCAGAAAGCAACACUUUUGAUGCUUUAAUGGUGAUGAUACGGUUAAGUUAGGGGGGAAAGAGAGGGGAAGUAAUUAUCGGUUGGUGGCAAAGGGGAAAUUUUUUUGGGGUGAAAAUGCCAAUUGAGAGUACCCAGAAGAGGAAUGUGUUGGUUGGGAUGAAUUUUGACAGUAACAGCAGAGAGCUCCUUGGCUGGGCUGUUUUUAAGGUCGCUGAGCCUGGAGAUUGUGUUGUGGCUGUUCACGUCUCUCGAAGCUCUGGAAGUGCUCCUAGAGGGAAGCCAUUGCUGGAUAGCUAUUUGGAAACUUAUGAUAGCUUGUGCUCUGUGAAGAAGGUGGAUCUCACAGGUAGAAUCUCUACAGGGAAUUCGGUUCGGAGGACUUUGGUUAGAGAGGCCAAGAACCAUUCUGCUGCUGCUCUAAUUUUGGGCAUCAGCAACCCAAAAUCUAUCUGGGGUUGGAAUGCCACAGCUAGAUAUUGCAUCAAGAGGUUGCCACCAACUACUGAUGUUUUGGCCAUCCACAACGGCAGAGUAGUUUUCAGAAGGUUGAACAAUUUUCAGCUACCAGGUUGAUGGUUGUGCCAGAGGGAAGAAACAGUGGAGAUCUUAAACCAAGUUUGAGUCAGAUGUCAAGCCCUUUGGUUAGAGAAGCCCCAUCUGAAUUUGGUGACUCGGAGUUAGGCAGCAUGAGAUCGAGCUUUGAGAUGCGGUCAUCAGGAGACGCGAAUGGAGGAGGGGACUCAAAGGAUGAGAUUUCUGCUCUGGUUAAGAGAAGGCGAUCAAUGUCAUGUUUGGCUGAAGGAGAUAUUCUUGAGCAGAAGCCUGGCUGGCCUCUUCUCAGAAGAGCAACUUCAGCUGAUCCUGAGAUAUUGCGAGCUAGGGAACUGUCUGUGGUGAGGUGGGCAAUGAGCUUACCAAAUCGAUCCCCGUUGGUGAAUUCGAGACUCGAGAGUUUAUCAGAAGAGAAGAAGUGUGAAGCCACUGAGGUUAGUUUUUCUGAGCUAGGUGAGAUUGGAAAGAGGUUGGAGGUUCUGGUGAAGGAAGGUUCAUCUUGCGGCUGCAAUUGGUUAAGCUAUGAGCUUUUGAAGGCUGCCACUUGCAAGUUUCAUUCAGCAAAUUUGAUUGGGAAAGGCGGAUGCAACCAGGUCUACAAGGGGACUCUCCAAGAUGGUAAUCCAGUUGCAGUGAAGAUCCGAAAGUCGUCACCAGAGGCAAGGGAGGAAUUUGUUCAGGAAGUUGAGAUUAUCGCAUCACUGAACCACAAGAACAUCACGCCUCUUGUUGGGAUCAGCAUCAAGGACUCUGAUCUCAUUUCUGUAUAUCACUUCUUACCAAAGGGAAGCUUAGCAGAGAACAUCCACAGUAAAAACAAGGACAAAUCUUUACUGUCAUGGGACUCGAGGUUUCAUAUAGCUGUCAAAGUAGCAGAAGCAUUGAACUACCUUCACAUUGAAGCUCCAAGGCCUGUAAUUCAUAUGGAUGUCAAGUCUGCAAACAUUCUCCUCUCAGAUGGACUGGAACCUCAGCUAUCAGAUUUUGGCCUGGCUAUGUGGGGACCUACAGCUUCAUCCUUUGUGACUCAAGCAGAUGUCGUUGGAACAUUUGGGUACCUUGCCCCGGAGUAUUUCAUGUAUGGGAAAGUCAGUGACAAGAUUGAUGUGUAUGCUUUCGGUGUGGUGCUUCUUGAAUUGAUCUCAGGCAGAGAACCAAUCAUCAUCUCUUCAGAGAAUUCCAAGGCUCAGCAGAGCUUGGUCACCUGGGCAAAGCCGAUUAUAGAGAGUGGGAAUUUGAGAGACCUCUUGGAUCAAAAUCUGGAUUGGGAGUUGGUCAACGAGGUUCAGUUGCAGCGAAUGAUUAAAGCAGCAAACCUCUGCGUGACAAGAGCAGUCCGGCUUCGUCCUAAAAUGAGCGAGGUACUUGGUCUACUCAGAGAUGAAACAGAGUUCUCAUUAAAAUGGUCGAUUGUGAACAAAGGUCAAGAGGAUGUUACUGAAAACGAGGACGAUAGUUAUGAUGACGAAGUCUACCCAAGCUCCACCCCACACAUUCAUCUCAACCUGGCAUUCCUUGAUAUGGAUACUGAUUCUACAUCCUUCAGUAAUUCAGAACAAGGAAGCUGUAUCUCUUGGGAGGAUUACUUGAAGGGCAGGUGGAGUCGUUCAUCUAGCUUCAAUUAGGUUCAGAGUCCUUCCAAUGGUGUGCUCGUGCUUUGGAAAUUAGUUUACCUAGCCAUGAAAAGGGUCGACUAUUGCUUCUUUCCUCGUAUAUGUCAGCAAAGAAAGCACUGUGCCCUAUUCUUGUGGUGUUGGCUAUCAGAUGUAGUUUUUUUAGUGUGUUAAAUUAUCAUCAUGGAAAUGAAUAAGGGCAAUUUUGUAUGUAUAGUAUAGUGUAAAACUGGCAAGGCCUGAGGCAAGAGCUAGUUAAAUUUUUGUAGAGAUCAAGAACUGUUAAAUAAAUGAGCAAGUGCAGACAUUAAGAGUAAUUAACUUGCACAGUUG